AUGGCCUCCCAAGCACAGAACAUCUACGACGACCCCGGCUUUUUCAGCGCCUACAGCACCCUCCCGCGCUCACAAGGCGGCCUAGAGUCAGCUCCAGAAUGGCCAGUUCUCGAAGCAAUGAUCACCAAGGUACUUACCCAACAACCAGGGCAUGAAGCCAAGGACGACAAAAGACUUACUGGUCAAUCUGUCCUCGAUCUCGGUUGCGGGUAUGGUUGGUUCUCCCGGUGGGCGCGGUCGAGAGGAGCCUCCAAAAUCCGAGCGACCGACAUCUCCACGAAAAUGAUCGAGCGCGCUAAGGAAUUCGAGCGCAUCCGUGACAACAACCAAUGCGAUAUCAUGUUCGAAAGGGCAAAUCUGGAGGAACUUACCUUCGGUCACGGCGACGACCGCGGUACCUAUGAUCUCGUCUACAGCUCCCUGACAUUCCACUACAUCGAGGAUCUCUCGAGGCUCCUUGGCGAAAUCAGAGCUGCUCUGAAACAAGGAGGGAAUCUGGUGUUCUCGGUCGAGCAUCCGAUUUGCUCUGCGCCUAUAAUUCCCGGGCCAGACUGGAAGACAUUGCAAGAAGGAGACGCUGAGCACAAGGUGUGGCCGUUGAAUUCGUAUAGUGAAGAGGGAUGGAGGUAUACCAGCUGGCUUGGGGUGAAAGGUGUGAAGAAGUAUCAUCGGACCGUUGAAACUUACGUUUCCUUGCUGUUGGAGAAUGGGUUCGUUCUGACGGGCCUGAAGGACUGGGUUCCAUCGACGGAGUCUGUUUCCGAGCACCCUGAAUGGGCUCAGGAGAGGCAUCGGCCUUACUUCCUUUUGAUCUCUGCAAAGACUCUGUGA